AUGGAGAACCCGCCUUCUUGGCACUUCCUUGGAUAUGAACCUCGUAACGCAGACAAUCACCAGGCUCCUCUUUCAGAGAAAACUUUCGAUACCGGCCUCUCGGACCCACCAUGUGAAGGCUGUGAGGUCCACAACAUCCGAGUGUUCUUCUGCGUGAAUUGCGAUGGGCAUUUCUGCUCCAAUUGCUGGGCAAAAGAACGAGCUCACAAGCCUGGCAAGCUUGGACCGGACGGCUUGCCACAUGAGAAGGCUGAUUCUGAGGUCGUAUCACGGCUUAAGGCCACAUUUAACCCUCCUUCAGACCCUGGAAUACAGGAGAGAAUGCAUCUUGAGGACGAGGAUACUACCUGGUUUGGCAUCGUGCGUGAUGCUACUGGCCGCCCGAUAUUCCAGGACUAUGGACGAUAUUCAACGCUUAUUGCAAACAGCGCUUCAAGAGAACACAGGACCCGCUUUCCGCGCCUCGUAUCUUUCAUCGGUCAAACUGGCGCGGGAAAGAGUACGCUGGUCAAAAUGCUAAUCGAGCGGCAAAGCUAUGGCAUAGAUGAUCCAGAGAAGAGAAGAUUGUUCCAAUGUCCAAUAGUUGGAUCGUCGACAAAUGACAGUGUUCCGACCUCUGGAGACGUACACCUGUAUGCGGAUCCGUCCACAUAUUUUACUACAUUCCCGACUCUCUAUGCAGAUUGCGAGGGUCUUGAAGGUGGCGAAAACAUUCCAAUCGGUGCUCGUCGCCAAGAAGCAGAGGGUGGGAUAGUUCGCAGAAGAGAUGACCACAGCCAAGAGAUGAAUCGUCUGAAGAAACGGUGGAGAAUUUCCCGAGGACAAGAGCGACCCAUUGCUUGGGCUGAUUCCCCAGCAAAACAGAAACGGCAGUACGGCGUCACAGAGUUAUACCCCAGGCUUCUUUACACUUUCUCCGACGCGGUAGUCUUUGUCCUGCAGAAUCCAAAAACGUUUGAAUCGACUGUUCUAAGCAAGUUGCUGAGCUGGGCGCAUGCUGUUGUGGAAAAGUCCACCAACCAGCCUGUACUCCCGCACGCCAUAAUUGCUCUUAAUGCAACAGAUCCGGGAGUUGACCCGAGGAAAUGGGAUGUCGAUUUUCCAACUGAAAAUCUGAUGGAUACUGUUGCUGGAGCGGUUGGUCGCGACGUCAGCUAUAGGGAAUAUUCUGAAUACUGGAACAGUCAUGGAAAGUCUGUCGAAACUAUGAGAGAUCUGCUCGGAUGCUACUAUCCCUCCAUUCGCGUUGUAUGCAUCCCAAGGAAAGGCCGCUACAUGUUGGUUGAGGAGCAAGUCCAGAAACUACACCGGGAAAUCGACUCAGCUUGCAAGCAGUCUUAUGAUGCUAAAAGGGUAUCUCGGAUGCUAGCUACCUCGGACGAGCUUAACCAGUACCUGCAAGCUGCUUUUGAUCAUUUUUCUCAGAAUUUGGAUACCCCGUUCAAUUUCUUGGAGAUUGCAUUCAAUAAUAGUCCAAUACCACGAGACUUCGGGGGCAAUAUCUUGAAACUUGCUGUAGCUGCCCAAGAAAUUCAGGAGACAAGUGAUGGACCGAGAAUUUUUAAGAAGUUGAGUGUCAUGAUUGCGUCUUGCAUCAUUCUUGAUUGUGCUCGACACGGCCUUAAAGGUCCUGCAAAAGACUUAUUCAGAAGGAACUACCGGAAAUACUGCGACGAUGCUUUGAGAGACUUUUGCAAGCUAUUUUGGCCCUGUCAAUUCCACAGCCGCUCCGGACAUUGCGUAAACGUCCUCGAAGGUCACAAGAAGGGCCACCAAAACGAGCAUGGGAGAAUCAUUGGGUCAGGCGAAUACGAAUCCACCUUCUCCUUUGAAUCCUAUGUUUUAACUUGGCGUAGCCAUAUACUGGCGAACAUUUUCAAGUUCCAAAAUAGGCUAGUGGAGGAGAUUGGAGCACAACCUUCAACUUCGGAAAGAGAUCUAGUCUCUGAAGCGCACCGCAGCAAUAUUGAAGAUUUCUAUCGCCUCCUCAAGGGUUCUCCACGAUUUGUAAGCCAUUCUGCAUGUUUCUGCUGCUUGAGGGAAAUGCCUGAGCACCCUCUUCCCUGUGGGCACGUGCUUUGCACGCCUUGUGUGAGGACAUAUAGUGAGCUAGACAUGAAAAAAGGAGGCACACAGCAAAAAGACAAGACCUUCAUUCGUAUGGACCGUUGUCCCCUUCACCCCCGCAACAUCAGGUUCACAGAGCCAUGGUAUCUCAAAUUCAAGCCUGACCUAGCAGGCGUGAGGAUUCUUUCUCUCGAUGGGCUUGUUCAAUCUCCGAAUGGCGGUAUUCGAGGGAUUGUUGAACUGGAAGUGUUACGGGAGAUUGAAUUAUACUUAGGAGGCCACAUUCCCAUUCAAGCAUUUUUUGACCUCAUCGUCGGCACAAGCACAGGCGGAAUUAUCGCUGUCGGCCUUGGGGUAGAGAACUGGCGGGUCGAGACUUGUAUCAAGCACUUCCGUCGACUAACUGACAAGGCUUUCACCUCACGUUUGCCAGGGAUGAGAUUCGGACAUAGAUAUAGAACUCGGCCCUUUGAGCAGGCUCUGCAGGAGGUUUUCAAAGAUGAGUUUCUAUUUGGCGGAGCCCACGAUGAAUCGAAUAGUUACUUUACCCGAGUAGCGGUAACUGCGACAACUGACACCGGGGAAAAGCCAGUCAUACUCACCAAUUAUAAUCGAGGGAUGGAAACUCAAGCUAGCUACAGUAUGGUCAGGCCUGAUAAUCCAAAGCAGGAACUUAAACUUUGGGAAGCACUGCGUGCGACCUGUGCUGCGCCUAGUUACUUCAAGCCGUUUGUCAAGCAGGAUACCAAGGCAGGAUACCUCGACGGAGCUUUGUAUCACAACAACCCAGUCAGGGUUGCUUAUCAUGAGAGUAAGCUUCUCUGGCCAGAUGUUCAAGAUUGCAAACCGGAUAUUCUGCUAUCAAUUGGCACAGGCCACAACGGAGCGGAGACGAACGGUUCUGCCGAGCCGCAAAGAAAACUAGGUAUCGGAGAGUGGUUCAAGAAUGCCGAAUUUGUUCAAAAUCUGAAUAUCAUGGUCAACCGAGUCGACAACAUUCUGAACUCUGAGCAAAUAUGGAUCAACUUCAAAAAUGAUACUCUAUCAUCUCGGGAGGAAUCCGAACUUCGACGAUAUCAGCGAAUCAACCCAAAGCUAGGCUAUCCACCACCACGACUUGAUGACAAAAGAAAUUUGGAGUCUUUAGAAUAUACAGUGAGGGAGAACCUCCAGGAUAACGAGCUAUAUCGGAAAAAGAUAUCUAGAAUCGCACAUCGGCUAGUAGCAUCGUCCUUCUAUUUUGAGAGGAUAGGCCAAAGGAAAUAUGGGAGCGGUUACGUAUGCGAAGGGAAAAUUAUCUGCAGAUUCCCAAACGGAACUGCGGAACUCCGUCACCUUGGAUCAUUUCUGAGACUUCACCAACGGCACGAAAUCUUUCAGCCCUACUUCAAUGUUCAGGAGCAAUAUCAACGCCCAGUGGAGACCAUUAUCGACCCACUUGUCAUCGAGAAAAUGUGCACUCACGCUCAUUUCGAUAUGGGAGUCAUCGAGGUGAACGUGUCAGCAAAGCACGGAGCAAUAACGAUUUCGCUCGCGCUGUGGGACUACACGGAGAGGGAAGAUAUUAUCCCAAUAAGUGGAUUCCCAAGGAAUCUGGUACUGGAUACACUUCAAAGAGGCACAUCUCCGGAUGUGAACUCUACCAGCCCUACGGUUGGAUUUAAUCACCAUCGAAUUCCGACUGCGCGCACUGUAAUACCAAGGGAAGUGAUAGUGCCCGCUGAAGAUCGGCCUCCGUCUCUCUUCGAUUCCAGUCCUGGAGAUGAAGAGUCGGACGCAGCAUCGGUCGAUUUAAGAAUUGAUGCAGGAGACUGGUUGGAGCGUCGGGCCGACUUACCCCGUGCCUCACCAGCUCAAUCGUCAUCGAGAUUAUGGCCGCUAUUCACACCGAGGAAUCCCCUGCAAUCCCUUCGAAGACUCCAUCGAGUCCCAGGUGUAGCAGAUCUGACCACCCCCGAAAGUGGCCUCCGCAUCUUCCCAACACCGCCUGCCAUAGAAUUGGAAGGCUCUCCAAUUCCAAAUGAGGCACAAGGAGAUGGAUAUGAGACGCAACAUGAUGUUGAUGAGAACCGGGAUCCACAACCUAGUGGCAGCAUGGACAUGGACGAAGACGAGAGUUCUCUAUCUGUGGCGAUUGCGCUGAGCUUACGAACUCAGAAUCGUUACACACCAAUGGGGACAAAUCUGGAAGAACUUCAACAGGCACUUCAAAUUUCGUUAUUAGAUAACAUGUUUUGAACUUUGAGUUUAAUAGGGCGGACUGUUUGACAAUACGAGAAAAGAGCUUCUCAAACACAUGCUCGGUCAGCAGGGAGUUUCUGGCUGGGUAUGCGACUGUUGUAACCCGAAAUCGGGGCCAUCGAAUUUAGCGCCAGAUCAGGC